CUCGCCAUAUUUUGCUUUGUACCUUCGUUUGUUCAGUUCGCGUGGAAUUUCGUCCUGACUAAAUUUUGUAAUUUCAUAGUAAUUUCAAUAGUAAAUUCGAUCACAUAAUUACAACAGUUUCCGGCAACUGUUGGUGUGACAGUGCCAGAAACCCUUUCAGCUAUGGACACAAUCAAUGAGCACGAGAAGAAGACGAAACUUUCGUCGAAACUGUUGGGUCUGUGCCGGACAUGUUUGACUGCGGAGGACGAAUCUGACGCAGAGCUGUAUCCGAUUAGCGAUAUCUUUCUGGAAGAGGAUGAAAUGACCAGCCAAGUUCAGUCAUUCGAGGAAGUGUUGUGCCUGUUUGUGGACAACGAGAUUGGCAAUCAAAAAGAUCAACUCCCCAACAUCAUGUGCUUGACGUGCAUUCAGAAAGCUCGAUCAGCGUUUCAUUUCAUUGAAAUGUGCCGCCAGACGGAUGGUCUGCUGUUAGAACUUUUGAAUGAUCAGAAAGGGGAACAGGAGGACACCAAACCAGUAAUUGCUGAAGAUCCUGGAGAGGUCGAGCAAAAGCCGGAAAUGAUUAUUCCAGAACCGCAAGCUCAAGACAUGUUAAUUAUUGAAGAAACUCCCAUGGAAGAAACAGUAGAAGCAGAGGAGCAUUUAGAGCUGGAAGUCAUUUCUUGCGAGAAACAAACUCCCGUAGAACCCCAGGCAGAACCGUCAAAGCUAAAGCAGCGGCAUGUUUGUGAGGUUUGCCAGAAAUCAUUUACGCAACCGCAAACCCUGAAUCGUCACAAGAAGAUACACUCCAGGCAUAGCGAGCCCGGCAAGCCCUGUCCCUUCUGCGCACGGAUGUUUUUGCGUUCGGACGAUUUACGCCGACACAUUCGGAUUCACACCAACGAGCGUCCGUAUGCAUGUGACAUCUGCAACAAGGCCUACAAGCAGUCCUAUGAGCUGAAGGAGCACAAAACCCUAGCACAUCCGGAGUCGGGCGUUCGGAAGUUGCUCGCUUGCAGUUUAUGUGACAAACAGCUGACCACCAGGAACGGACUGUACGUUCAUAUGAAGGCCCACCGAGGCGAGAAGAACCACAUGUGCAUAUUCUGUGAAAAACGAUUCAUCACGAGCGGAGAGCUUUCGUCUCACAUGAAACACAUUCACCCCAGCGAAGUUAACGCGGAGCAGUUUCCCUGUGGGUUCGGAGAGUGUCCGAGGAAGUUCGUUACGAAGGCCGCGUUGCGACAGCAUCGGAGCAACAAGCAUGGUGUAAAAGAUGGAGACACUGGCGGUGAUUCUUGCUAAUCCACGAGGAUAUUCGGGUAAGUUACGUUAAGCAUUUCUUUAUUUGCAUAAACGGUUAAGAAAUA